ACAACGCAGCUGCUCUUCUGUAUGCAGUUCCUACUGACGUCGGUAGUUGGAGUAUCUGUUAAGCUUUAAACCAAUGCCUUCAGGGGGUGGAAGGGAACACAAAAAUGGCCACGUUCAUCACUUGUGUUAGCAUCCUUGCUCUGUGUACUUGUGUGUCAGCUCAGCUGCUUCCGUACGAAGACAAUCCGGAAAAUUUUGAAUGGCAACGUGCAAGCGAUCUAACUGGUACUGGUGAAAGGCUUUAUGCGAAGAUCAGAAGCAGGCUCUUGAAUGAAAUACCCCUGUGCUUUGCUAUGCUUAGGGUUCUGCAGAACAACGCCAAUGCUUUCAGCUACGUGGUGACCCACCUAGCGCGAGGAGGACUAGGAGGACUGAACCGAUACGCUACACGUCUAGUUACUUCAAGAACUCCCUACCAUCCGCACAAAAAUGCAGUAGCAUUCCACCUGACAAGCGUUUCGCCGAGAAUGACCAGGUUCAAGGUGGUGUACAGCGACCCUGGGAGCAAUUGCAUUAUUUUGAUAAAAGCACCACCAAGCCGUCACAGAGGAUCGGCGGCUCCUCACCUGGUUAAUGCACUGCCUCCGGGAUGUGCCCACCGCUGA